UCGCGGCCGCCGCCAAAAGCUCUCAAAUCAGAACAGAACAAACACCAGAGCCGGCAGGCGCAGCGCCAUGGCCCGUCUGCACCACCAACGCGGGCCGCCUCCGUCCUCCGCGCCCGUCGCCCUCCGCCGCCGCAGCCUUCCCACGCGAGGGCUGAGCCUGCGCUGCGCCGGCGCGGACUGGUCCGAGCCGGCCUUCGUGGCCGUCGCGGAGAAGCUCGACGCGGCGGCGGCGGCGGCGAGGAAGGCGCGGGCGUUCGCCGGGGCCGGCGGCGAGGAGGAGAAGGGCCGGGUCCAGGCCUUCAGCGGUGUGAGCAGUGGCGCGGUCGAGGAGCAGCCGGUGGCGGUGCCGUUCGCGCCGUUCGAGCAGAGCUUGGUGGCCGUGGACAGUGUGGCAGGGAACAACGACGCGCUUAGCCAGGCGCUCGGCAGUAAUCUGGGCUUCGAGGAGAUUUCUACAUAUGCGAUAUAUGGCACUGGUGCUUUCUUUGCUGGGUGGAUCCUAUCAGCUGUUGUUUCCGCACUUGAUUCCAUCCCCCUGCUCCCAAAAAUUCUGGAAAUCGUAGGCCUUGGGUACACCAUUUGGUUCGGCACACGGUAUCUCCUUUUCAAGGAAAACAGAGAUGAGCUGCUCGUCAAAGUCGAGGAUCUCAAGAAGAGAAUUGUUGGAUCCGGUGAUGAAUGAGGAGUUAGAACGCGAUUGGGCUUUAGUGCCGUUUACAGUUUGAUAGGUCUUUUCAAUCUUGACGCUGAAACAGUAACGGUGGCACCUCUGAUGUCCGCCGCUGUUUCUCAACCAUGUUCCCGUGCUCACUUGCGUCUGAGUUCUGAAAUCUGAAUACAUUUACAAGUCGUUGCAGCUGUUUUUUUUUUCAGCUUGCGUUGAAGAUAGAUGCAAUGCAUCUUGCAAUGCAAUACUAGUCCGAUUUUUAUGUCAUAUUGUUCAUUUGCGUCUCA